AUGGCGGACCACCAAGCCAAAUACGCCAUCUAUCCCAGCCUCGUCGACCGCACCAUCGUCAUCACCGGCGGCGCGCAGGGCAUCGCCGCCGAAAUGGUUGAGCAGUUCGCCCUCCAAGGCUCCCAGGUCAUCUUCCUCGACGUCGAAGACGAUCUCGCCGCAUCCCUCGUGCAAAAGAUAUCUUCCAACAGGGGCGUCAAGCACGAGCCCAUCUACUUCCACUGCGACGUCGCCAAGGUCGACCAAGAGCUCAAGCCCACGGCCGCCGAGAUCCUGCGGCAGCAUCCCAAGAUCGACGGCCUGGUCAACAGCGCCGCGAGAGCCAUGGCGAAGCCCACGCGGGACAUUACGACGGAGUGGUGGGACGACAGCGUCGCCGUCAACCUGCGGCACCAGUUUUUCCUGACGCAGGCCUUGCUGCCGGGCCUGCUGCUUGCUUCGGGACAUGCCUCGGUCAUCAACAUGGGGAGCAUCAACUGGGUCGUUUCGGCGACGGGCCAGGUGCCGUACACGACGAGCAAGGCGGGCGUGGUGGGCCUGACGAGGACGCUGGCGCACGAGUUUGGGCCCCAGGGCAUCAGGGUGAAUAGCAUCAUGCCGGGGUCGAUCGCUACGGAGAGGGAGAGGAGCGUGGUGCUGACGCCCGAGUACGAGGCCAAGGUGCUGGGGCACCAGGCCAUCAAGAGGCUGAUUGAGCCGGUGGAGGUGGCGAGGAUGGCCAUGUGGCUGAUUGCGGACGAUAGUGCGGCUGUGACGAACCAGAGCAUGACGAUUGACGGUGGGUGGACGUAA